GGAAACCCCGUCUUUGCCCAGAAGAGGAAACCAGACAGCCCAGAUGUGCACGAAGCAACGCCGAUAGCGUUUCUAGCUUCUUCUAUCUUCUUUUGGGUUUGGUUUUUUUUUUUUCAUUAGUAUUUGUCUGUGUGUUGGGUUUUUUUUUCCCCCCCCUCCUCCUCUCUGCAAACAGAGGAGUUGCUGGAGCAGGAGGCACGGCCCAGCCCAGGGGACAGUGAGCAGUGGGGGCUGUGGCACAGCUCCAGAGCAGCCAUGGGGCAGAAGUUCAUGGAUAAGGUGUCUGCCUUCCUCUUCGAGUAUGACACCCCCAGGAUGGUGCUGGUGAGGAACAAGAAGGUGGGACUGACCUUCCGGCUGAUCCAGCUCAUCGUCCUGGCGUACAUCAUCGGGUGGGUUUUCCUCUAUGAGAAGGGUUACCAGUCUCAGGACAGUGUUGUCAGCUCGGUCUCGGUGAAGAUGAAAGGCCUGACGGUGACCAACGAGAGCGUCAUGGGCCCCCACAUCUGGGAUGUGGUGGAUUAUGUUUUCCCACCCCAGGGGGACAGCUCGUUCGUGGUGAUGACCAACUUCAUUAUCACCCCUGGACAGAAGCAAGGAACCUGCCCAGAGCUGCCAGAUGCUGGGCCCUGCAAGCAGGACAGUGACUGCACCAAAGGGAAAUACAGUCGCCAGGGACAAGGGCUGAUGACAGGCAAGUGUGUGCAUUUCAACAGCUCCGUGAAGACCUGUGAGAUCUUUGGCUGGUGCCCUGUUGAAGAUGAUGGCUAUGUUCCUAAACCUGCCCUGUUGUCAGAAGCAGAGAACUUCACCUUGUUCAUCAAGAACAGCAUCACCUUCCCCCGGUUCAAGGUGUUCAGGCGCAACUUGGUUGAGACCGUUACCAAGCAGUACCUGAAGAAAUGCACCUACCACAAAGUCACUGACCCCCUGUGCCCCGUGUUUGAGCUGGGCUACAUAGUGAAGGAAUCGGGUCAGAAUUUUACCUUCCUGGCUGUGAAGGGUGGAGUGGUGGGCAUCACCAUCGACUGGAACUGCGACCUGGACUGGCCCAUCCGGUACUGCAAACCCAUCUACCAGUUCCAUGGCCUCUACAAUGAUGACACUAACGUUUCACCAGGCUUCAACUUCAGAUAUGCCAAAUACUACAAGGAAGCUGGGAUGGAGAAGAGGACACUCUACAAGGUGUUUGGGAUCCGGUUUGACAUCCUGGUGAAUGGCAAGGCAGGCAAAUUUGACAUCAUCCCGACCAUGACCACAAUUGGCUCUGGAAUUGGUAUUUUUGGAGUGGCCUCUGUGCUCUGUGACCUGCUCCUGCUGCAUUUUCUCCAAGGACGGGACUAUUACAAGCAGAAGAAAUUCAAAUAUGCAGAACAGGAGCCUUCGAAGUCUCAUAAGAAGGAAAAGGAGCUGGACAACAAGCAGUGAGAGAAGCCAGACUGACGGAUGGACCUGCACCCUAUUCCUCCUCCUCCUCUCCUAAAACAUGGUUGUCAUCCCAUCACCAGCCUGCACCAACCCCAAGGCCAGCAGGAGCAAUGUCCAAACACCAGCUCAUGGGAACGUGGUGCCAGGGUCUGGCUGACCCGCUGCCCUGCUGCUGGUGGGACAUGCUGUGGUACUGCUGGGGGGUAAAACCACGGGAUCUUCAGGGCC